CCCACAUUAAUCUCAUGGCGUACAGUAUAAAAGAGUGCAGAGUUGUUCUGCACCAGCUCUCAGAUGCUGCAGUCAGGAGUGGCUGGUGCCCUGAGCAGAGCCUCAUUCAAGCAUCAACUGACGUGUGCAAACUCGAGCCUGAAGUAAUGGAGGGCAGCAGCUCAUCCUUACCCUCCAUCAUGACAGUUUACAUCAAAGAGGAGCCUGAAGAUGAGGGAGAGGACAUAACUGUGAAGGAUGAACCACUUUGCAGUGAAGAAUAUGAGGGUGCCAUGCCGUGCGAUGCUCCGGCCACCAUUGGUCAGUAUGUGAUGCCAGUUUUUCCUCGAAACAAGGAAGAAAAGAUGUCUGUUACUGAGAAACAUAUUUCUCCAGUACCCAAUGAAGCAGCUUUAUUCCAAGAAGUUCUUUCUGGUCAGCCUGUGGCUGAGCCCAAGUCAUCCAACUUGGCCGACAAUGACCAUACAAGACAAGCAAAGAAACUGCCCAAGAAAAUAUCUUCUUAG